UUUUCUCUUCAUUCUAUCUUACACUCUCAUCAGACAUCUCAUCUUCAUCAUCUUCUUAAGUCUUCCCUCUGAUUUAUUCAGUAAAAUAUGAGAAAAGUUUUCAUUAUUAUGAUUAAAUUGUAAAUUGUCAGUGAAUUGUAAACAAGUGAAAGAAGAAAAGAGAAAAAUUUAAACCAAUGAAAUUGUCAAUGAAGGUAAACAGUUGAUCUCUGCGAAAAUGUUAUCAAUGGCAAUCCAUCAACAUCCUAACACGAUCAACACAUGAUUAAAAUGUGAAACAUUGUUUUAACUGAUUGUCAUUCCAACAAUUAGUGUGCUGAUAUAAAUUAUGCAACGUGACAAAAAUAUACAAGUUAAAUAGUUGAAUUCUGUGACAACAAUUAAAGUUUAAUAAUUAAUAUUAAAAAUGGAGGGAAGUGAACAGUCAACCCUUGAUGGCAGGCAAACUGUUGAUAAUUAUUUGAGACAACAUCCAGAUUAUAUUAAACAUUGGUUGACAAGUAAUUUAAAACCAGUGCAGUUAAAUCAAUUGAUUAGCUCAUUACAAGCCGAUAAGGUGAUUAAGAUAUCAACAAUGGACAAUGGUCAAGCUCUUACUGAUAACAAUCAAGUCUCAUCUCAACAAAAAAGAUCGUUAACUUUAUCAUCAUCAUCAUCAUCAUCAUCAAGCAUCAUUAAAACAGUAUCAUCAUGUGAACCAUUAUCACCAUUAUCUCAGAAUUCUAAUGAAUUAUUAUCAAGAAUAGGAAAUGAUGAUAAAAAUAAUGAUGUUAAAGAAGAGAGUGGGAGUAAUGAUGAUGAAAGAAAGGGGGUUAGUGGAAAAGUAGAGGUGGAAGAUGAUAAAAAGGGGGUGGAUGAUGAUAUUCUAGCUGAAUCAUAUGUUGAAAUGACCAAACAAGGACGUAAUUCAGUUACAUCUGAAUUAUUUCAGGAUAUAAUUGAAGGAACCAGAAAAUCACACCGACCAAGUUUAAAUAUUAACGAAGCUGAUCAGUUAUCUCGAAAUGAAUUAAGGGAACAAUUAAGAAAUUUAUCUGAAGAGGAUUUACUCAUGGAAUUGAUUCGAGAUAUUUCAAAUGAGCUGGACAUUAAUACUCUUUGCCAUAAGAUAUUGGUCAAUGUUUGCAUUCUCAUAAAUUCUGACCGUGGCUCCUUAUUCUUGGCUCGAGGGGGGAGAGAGAAACGCUUCCUGGUUCCAAAACUUUUCGAUGUAACACCCAAUUCCAUCAUGGAAGAUGCUCUUUCCGCGGCGGAACAUUAUUCGAAAAUCUCACCAAUUCCAUUCGGCUUGGGAAUAGCUGGACAUGUUGCACAACACAAAGAUGUGGUCAACCUAAGGAAUGCAUAUGAGGAUCAUCGAUUCAACAAGGAGGUUGAUUCAGUGACCGGUUAUCGAACCAAAUCCAUUCUUUGUUUACCAAUUCUCAACGGACGUGGAGAUGUUAUUGGAGUGGCUCAAUGUAUAAAUAAGCUACCAGAUGGAUCCUGGUUCAGCCAACAGGAUGUUGAGGAUUUCAAAAAGUAUUUAACUUUCUGUGGAAUCGGGAUUCAAAAUGCUCAACUAUUUGAACUUUCUGUUCAGGAAUAUAAACGUAAUCAGCUUCUGCUGAAUUUAGCACGAUCCAUUUUCGAGGAAACCUCUAGUCUUGAAGCUCUGAUCAAUAAGAUAAUGAUCCAAGCUCAAGGACUUUUACCAUGUGAAAGGUCAAGAGUUUACCUGGUUGAUAUUGACUCACUCGAAGAAAAGAGACAAUCAAUCAGCUCAAUAUUUGAAUCUUCCUCUGGAGAUGAUAAUUUUCACAAGCUCAGGCUUGGUGAAACUCAUGAUAUCUAUUUGAAACUUGCACACAAAGUAUUACUUUCUGGCCAGACAUCGAAUCGGAAUUGCAUUAAAAACUGUGAUGAUUUUAUGGAAAUUGAUAAUUAUGAUAGUUCUGGAAACGGAAGUGCAUCCACAUCUUUGAAAGGAGCUCGAGCGAUUUUAUCAAUUCCAAUUCUUAACUCAUCUGGUAUUGUUAUUGGUGUCGCUCAGAUGAUUAAUAAAACGGCUGGUGAUUUAUUUACCGACGUUGAUAUAUCCACACUCGAGGCUUUUUCGAUAUUCUGUGGAUUAGGAAUUCAUAAAACGCAAAUGUAUGAAAAAGCGAUCAAGUUAAUGGCUAAGCAAAAAGUGGCCUUGGAGGUUUUAUCUUAUCAUGCAUCCUCAUCAAUCGAGGAGACAAACAACUUAACUUCUAUGAAAGUUGAAAGUGUUCAGUAUUAUGGAUUGGAUAGUUUUUCUUUCAGCGAUUUCAAUUUAUCGGAAACGGAUACAUGUUUGGCCACACUCAGAAUUUUCAUGGAAUUAGGACUAAUUAAUAGAUUUCAAAUACCUUACAAGGUUCUAUGUCGAUGGUUAUUAAGUGUUAAGAAAAAUUAUCGCCCAGUAAUUUAUCACAAUUGGAGACAUUCAUUCAACGUGACUCAAACCAUGUACACAAUUUUAACGACUGGAGGAAUGGAAAAGAUUAUGAAUCAACUUGAUAUUUUGGCUUUAAUUGUUGCAUGUUUAUGUCACGAUUUGGACCAUCGAGGAACCAACAACUCAUUUCAGUCAAAGAUUGACUCUCCAUUAGCAACUCUUUACAGUACAUCAACUAUGGAGCAUCAUCACUUUGAUCAAUGCAUAAUGAUACUUAAUAGUGAGGGUAACAAUAUACUUCAAGCUUUAUCACCAGAGGAGUACAAAUCCGUUGUCAGCCUGAUCGAGUCUUGUAUUUUAUCAACAGAUCUUGCACAAUAUUUCAAUAAACGAGAUAAAUUCAAGGACUUGGUUUCAAAUAAAUCAACUGAAUGGAUCGGUAAUAAUAAAACAAUUUUAGCCGGAAUGCUUAUGACUGCUUGUGAUGUUUCAGCAAUAUGCAAACCUUGGUCAAUUCAAUGUCGAAUUGCUCAACUUGUAGCAGAUGAAUUUUUCCAACAAGGAGACUUGGAGAAAAAUCAACUCAAUUCCCAGCCGAUUGCCAUGAUGGAUAGGGAUAGGAAGCAUGAAUUCCCAGUUAUGCAAGUAACGUUUAUUGAUACAAUUUGUCUUCCAAUUUAUUCAAUCCUGAGUGAUUGCUGGCCUCCUCUCAAUCCGUUAUAUAAAGGAUGUCUUGCAAAUCGUACUCGGUGGUUUAAAAUUCAAUCAUCGGUGGAUAAGAGUGAUGAGGAUUUUGAUCUUUCACGACAAUGAGCAAAUGAGCUGUGACAAAAAACUCGCUUCCUAAUAUUUAUUGACCAUUUUCUCUUACUCUUCAUUUUCGAAUCCUUUGCACAAUUUAUGGAUACUAUACUCUAGUUGCAAAUAGUUGUUAUGAUUGAUAUUAAAGUUGUUUUCAUUUUAUAUCAAUAAUUAAA